UCCUUUCACUAUUUCUUUGACUCGGAUCUAAAAUACUGACUCCUGGCCAGCGAACCUCCUGCCUACCCAGAUGGUGUCAUAAGCACAAUGCCACAUUCGUAUAUAUCGUUUUACCCUCUACAUCUUUCUUUUUGUUUUGUCUUUUCAUUUUUUUCUUCUCUGACUCGACUUAAUUUUGCUUCGUGUUUGUGGUCGAGAAUGGGGGACAAAGGGAGACCUGUAUAUGGCGUUCCUAGCCCUUUCGGGCUUCUUUCAUCCUCAUCGACGGGCCUAAUCAGUUUUUCCGUUACUAUUCACGAUGCCAGUGAAUUUCUCUUCAUAUUACUCUUCGCGUGUUCUCUUAUUCUAUUACUGUGAGCGGAGCGUCGGGAGCUUCGGUGCCUCCAGAUAUACGGGAAGUUGACGGUGGUGAUAUCUAUACCUCUGCAUCUCCACCAGUACUGACCGAUGCAUUGUUCGCUGCUU